AUGGAAACGCGGUCCGCCGUCCCCGAUUGGACGGUUCGCGGGUUCCCCUGGAGGCCACCUUCUGGUCCUGCUGCGGAACGACGGGCGGGCCUUGGAGGCGGGGAGAGGUGUGUCGGGAGUUGUAGGCGAUGGGCGUGGCUUCUGCGGAGCGGUGCACGCCGGGAGUUGCAGUUCCCGGGCGAGGCAGUUGGCUGCCCCACACCGAGCUCGGGCCUCACCCGGAUGGCGGCUGCGACGCACUGCUGUUGGCCCUGGGGCUCGCUCCUCGGGCUGCUCGGGCUGGUCUCGGCCGCGGCCGCCGCCUGGGACCUGGCUUCCCUGCGCUGCAACUUGGGCGCCUUUUGCGAAUGCGACUUCCGGCCCGACUUGCCGGGUCUGGAGUGUGACCUGGCUCAGCACCUGGCCGGCCAGCAUCUGGCCAAGGCGCUGGUGGUGAAGGCACUGAAGGCCUUUGUGCGGGACCCAGCCCCCACCAAGCCGCUGGUCCUCUCCCUGCACGGCUGGACCGGCACCGGCAAAUCCUAUGUCAGCUCCCUGCUGGCGCACUACCUCUUCCAGGGCGGCCUCCGCAGCCCCCGCGUGCACCACUUUUCUCCCGUCCUCCACUUCCCCCACCCCAGCCACAUCGAGCGCUACAAGAUAUCAUUUAUGGAGCACCUAUGUUUGUCAGAUAAUCUGCACUGUUGUCUUGCUGGAAAUCAGCCCCAAUCUGUGGCUCAGAGUAAUCAUCGGGAAAUACUGGCUCUUACUACUACUGUUGUUGAUUGCAAGAAGGAUCUUAAGAGCUGGGUCCAAGGGAACCUCACUGCCUGUGGCCGCUCCCUCUUCCUCUUCGAUGAGAUGGACAAGAUGCCCCCAGGCCUGAUGGAAGUCCUGCGGCCUUUCCUGGGCUCCUCCUGGGUUGUAUACGGGACCAAUUACCGCAAAGCCAUCUUCAUCUUCAUCAGCAACACGGGUGGCGAGCAGAUCAACCAGGUGGCAUUGGAGGCAUGGCGCAGCCGGCGGGACCGCGAGGAGAUCCUUCUGCAGGAGCUGGAGCCGGUCAUCUCCCGCGCGGUGCUGGACAACCCGCACCAUGGCUUCUCAAACUCAGGCAUCAUGGAAGAGCGCCUCCUAGACGCAGUGGUGCCCUUCCUCCCGCUCCAGCGGCACCACGUCCGGCACUGCGUGCUCAACGAGCUGGCCCAGCUGAGCCUGGAGCCAAGGGACGAGGUUGUCCAGGCUGUGCUGGACAGCACCACCUUCUUCCCUGAGGACGAGCAGCUCUUCUCCUCCAACGGCUGCAAGACCGUGGCCUCCCGAAUCGCCUUCUUCCUCUGACUUUCUGGGUGGUGUCCUUGGCCCCCCUGAUGGCCAGGGCAUGCAGGAAAGGCCUGGGGCCUCUAUCACAGGAACCCGGAGCACCAAGUGAGAUGAACGGAGUGUCGGCUAGGCCACGGGACAGAUGGCCGGGAAGGGCCUGGCCUCUAAACUGGCUGGAGAGCAUCUUGGCCCCGGCCACCUUCCCCAGGGAAACCCCUGGUCACCCCAGAACCUCACUGAGCCUUGACCUCCCCCUGCAGCCUGAGCCUUCUUACUGUGAAUUAUAACUCAGGGACUGUGGCUUGUGGUGGUGCUCCCUCCUCAGUCUGCUACCCUUGCCCCUUGCCUCCUUGGUUGGGCACGAUACCCCCUCCCCUCCACCCCACACCCUGUGUCCGUAUCAAGCCAGGUGGAGCCUUCUCAGUUUCCAGAAAUGGAGGGACUCAAGCUGCCACUUGGGCCUGGUUUUAGAAGUUUUUAAUUUUGUAAAAGAAGAGAACAAGUAUAAUAAACUCAGCUGUGGGACCAGA